CGUCACUCGCACAAACCCAUUAAGAACUGCACCAUGGCCAUGGGCAGACUCAAAGUCUUCAAACUUACGAGGACAAGGAAAAAUCCAGAUAGCCUCGCCAUUGCACAACAAACUAAUACUACAAGAGUUAGAAUUCAUGCGUAUACGUGGGUGCAUGGUCACAGAUGGAAUGGUAAAGAAUUGGCUGUAUGCUUUUACGGAAAAUAAUGUUAAUGGUGGAAUUUCAGGAACUACAGCGGUCGAUUCCGAAAUGCGCUCGAUGGCACAGAAGAUACUGAGCACCAGUCGUGAUAGUGGAAGGAGAGGACUUAUGCUUGAGGGCUUGAUAAAUCUCAAUCUUCUCGUGAAAUGCAUGAGUUAGUACCAAGCCAAAAUAUUUUUGAUACAUCUUCUUGAUGCUACUACCAUAGGCAUAGGUAUACAGAUUUUCGUGAGCUACCGUGGUAUCCAAGAAACCCACCCCAAUCACCUUCUUCCCCUUUCAUUUUCCCAAGCUUGUGGCCUAGUAGAUCAAUCGUAAGAUACGGAGCGUCCAGCGUCGUCCAAUCGACCGGGGAUGUUGAGAAGCAGUAUUGCUUCGGAGUUGCGACCCAGUAUCCUUUUCCCACCUUGAAGUUGAGGCACGUUGUCUUGGCACGCCGUCUCAUGGAUGCCAUAACGCCGCCAGCAGGGUUUGUCGCAGCCUGUGGUGGUCAACUAGCGACGUUUCAUGAGUACAGACUCUGCCCAAAAGCUUAUUUUGCAUACGAUUACGAAAGAAGCCGAGAAGAAAGGCAAAAGAGAAAAAGACAACGACUACAGGGCUCUUCUCCGUAUCCAUCGACACCUUCUAGUAACAACCGACUCCUUGAAGAACUUGAAGGUGGUACAGGGUCUUCAACAUCCGAUACAUCUCCAUAUAACCCUCCAUCCUUGACGUCUCCUUCGACUUCUACUCCUUCGACUUCUACUCCUUCCGUUUCUUCUACUCGUCCAUUACUAGUACAAGAGCUACCUCCGAACAGGCGUGGACCAGGCCAUGCGAGGAUAGGCAUUUCAGGUGGCAUCCUAACCUGGGAUCCGUGGUCUCAUAUGCUGUCAAACCACAUUGGUGUUAGGGAUUUGAGACUCUUCGACUGCUUCCAGCCCGUCGACGGAUCUCCAGUACUGAAUGGAAUGGCGCGCUGCCGAAAUGGUUUUUUUAAUUAAGGCUACAGUACUUUUUGAUUUUUCUACAGUUCCUUCGAGUUGCUGAAUCUGUUUCGUCUCGCUGGUAGUCUAGGAUGACUAUUCGAGACGUGAAAGAAUGAAACUAACAAACUUCGUUGCAUCUUCCUCAGGAGCAUCAUGUUUUCACUUCCAAAUAAAUGAAAAUGUUGGCUUAGAGUUAGACGAGUAUCGUCCUUGUCGUGUUCCUGUUUUCUUCUACUUACCUAGAUCUAUAGAAUGUUGGCCUUUCUUCUAAUUCGAUGGUCCUCGUGGAAGAGUGCGUGGAAGACCAAAGGAGAUAGGUGG